AUGGCCGUGAGAUUCCAGGUGGCCAGCAUGGAGGAGAUGACCAUCUGGGAACAGCACACUGCCACCAUCUACAAGGACCCCCGCCGAGGUUUUGGCAUUGCCCUGUCCGGAGGAGGCCGCGACCGACCCGGUGGUGGCUCCGUGGUGGUGUCCGACGUGGUGCCUGGAGGCCCAGCCGAGGGCCGGCUACAGACCGGCGACCACCUCGUCAUGGUAAAUGGCGUCUCUAUGGAAAAUGUCCCAUCCACCUUCGCCAUUCAGAUCCUGAAAACCUGUGCCAAGAUGGCCAACGUGACGGUGAAGCGGCCACGGAGGGUGCACUUACCCGCCACCAAGGCCGGCCCCUCGGGCUCCGGGCGCCUGGAUUCAGAUGAUGAGGAUGGGCAGCAGUUGGAGGAGGCUGAUCACGGCCAAGGCUACGAGGGCGACUCCUCCAGCGGCUCAGGGCGUUCCUGGGGUGGUGGGCGCUCCCGGCGGCAACGGGCCGGCCGCCGUAGCCAGGUGGGCACUCACGGGCGCAGGAGCCCCGGUGCCGACUCCGAGGCCAACGGGCUGGCCCUGGUGUCCGGCUUCAAGCGGCUGCCCCGGCAGGACGUGAUCACACGGCCCGUGACGUCGGUGCUGGUGAGGCGGAAGGAAGAAGAAGAGUUCGGGGUCCAGCUAGGCAGUCAGAUCUUCAUCAAACACAUCACAGAAUCGGGCCUGGCCGCGCGCAGCCAAGAGCUCCAGGAGGGCGACCUCGUCUUGCAGAUCAACGGGGUAUCCAGCCAGAACCUGUCACUGGACGACACACGGCGCCUGAUUGAGAAGUCGGAGGGCAGGUUGACGCUGCUGGUGCUGCGGGACCGGAGACAGUUUCUGGUCAACCUCCCGCCGGCUGUCAGCGACAGCGAGAGUGACAACUCCCUUCUGGAGGACAUCUCAGAACUCGGUUCGGAGCUGUCACAGGCGCCGCCGUCCCACGUCCCACAGCCACCCCGGCACGGACAGAGGAGCUCAGAUGCCAGUUCGGCCGGCUCCCCUCGGUAUGACCCCCCACCAUGGCGGGAACGGUCAGUGGAUUCCAGGACCGGGACAGGAGCAGAUUCGCCCGGGCACGGUGGCUACGACCUCUACAGGGUGCCCAGCAGACAGAGCGUGGACAGUGCAGAGAGCACGCUGGACCGCGGGUACAGCCCGGACACACGGGUCGUCCGUUUCCCCAAGGGCACGAGCAUCGGGCUGAAGCUGGCCGGGGGCAAUGACGUGGGCAUCUUUGUGUCCGGGGUGCAGGCGGGCAGCCCGGCAGACGGCCAGGGCAUCCAGGAAGGCGAUCAGAUCCUGCAGGUGAAUGAGUUACCUUUCCGAAACCUGACGCGGGAGGAGGCCGUGCAGUUCCUGCUGGGACUCCCCCCGGGCAAGGAGAUGGAGCUGGUGACACAACGAAAGCAGGACAUCUUUCGGAAGAUGGUCCAGUCCCGCGUGGGUGACUCCUUCUACAUCCGCACGCACUUUGAGCUGGAACCGAACCCGCCGUCCGGCCUGGGCUUCACGCGUGGGGACGUCUUCCACGUGGUGGACACGCUGUACCCGGCCGCUGGACACAGCCGAGGGGGAUACUGGCUGGCGGCGCGCAUGGGACGUGACCUCCGUGAGCAGGAGCGUGGCGUCAUCCCCAACCAAAGCAGGGCCGAGCAGCUGGCCAGCCUGGAGGCCGCCCAGCGUGCCAUGGGGGCUGCGCCUGGCUCAGCCGGCAGCGCCAAUGCCCGGGCCGAGUUCUGGCGGCUGCGGGGUCUGCGUCGCGGGGCCAAGCGGACCACCCAGAGGAGCCGCGAGGACCUGUCCGCGCUGACCAAGCAGGGCCACUACCCGCCCUACGAGCGAGUGGUGCUGCGGGAAGCCAGCUUCAAGCGCCCGGUGGUGAUUCUGGGGCCUGUGACGGACAUUGCGAUGCACAAGCUGGUGGCCGAGAUGCCGGACCAGUUUGAAAUUGCAGAGAGCGUGCUGAGGCCCGACAGUCCCUCGAAAGUCAUCAAGCUGGACGCCGUGCGGGUCAUUGCCGAGAAGGACAAGCACGCGCUGUUGGAUGUGACUCCCUCGGCCAUCGAGCGCCUCAACUACGUGCAGUACUAUCCCAUUGUGGUCUUCUGCGCCCCCGAGAGCCGCGCAGCCCUCAAGUCCCUGCGGGAGUGGCUGGCGCCUGCCUCCCGCCGCAGCAGCCGCCGUCUCUAUGGGCAGGCCCAGAAACUGCGCAAGCAUCACAGCCAUCUAUUCACGGCCACCGUCCCCCUGUUGGGUAACAGCCAGAGCUGGUUCCAAGAGCUGCAGGCGGUCAUCCGGGAGCAGCAGGCACGGCCCAUCUGGACGGCUGAGGACCAGCUGGACACCUCGGAGGAGAACCUCGACUUGCCCCGCCGCGGCCUGGCCGACAGCUCGGCUGACCUUAGCUGUGAUAGUCGGGUCAACAGCGACUAUGAGACGGACGGCGAGGGCUACACGGACGGCGAAGGCUACACGGACGGCGAGGGCGUAGAUGCCACGGGGCCCCCAGCUCCGGCCCUGGCCCGCUCCUCGGAGCCUGUGCACCUGGCAGACGAACCUCAGAGCCCGAGGCAUGAGAGAACUCCAGCUCCUGAGGAGGCCCAGGUGGACGGACGCCACGCCCAAGGCCAGAGGAGACAGGACAGCAUGAGGACCUACGAGCGGGAGGCCCUGAGGAGAAAGUUCACGCACGCCAGGGACGCCGAGUCCUCCUCGGAUGAAGCCUACAGCUGGGGCCCGGCCACCGACCUGUGACCCCGUCUCCUCCUCUCUCCUCUCUCACUCCAUCCCCUCCCGACCCGGC